ACUGUGUUCAUCAAGUGGAGUGACGUAGUUAGGUGAGCAUGCGCAAGGUUGUCAUAGACGCCGACACAGGAGUGGAUGAUGCUGUGGCCAUCAUGUAUGCCUUCUCCUCCCCAAAUAUUGAGGUCCUCGCUAUAACGUGUACGUGGGGAAACACUAGUCUGGAAAACAGUUGUCGAAACGCAGCUCGAGUCGUAAACCUUUGUGGAAAACAGGUACCUAUCUACUGCGGAAGCGACCGAGCCCUUCAUGGGCUGGUCCCAGAUUUGAAACCUGAUCGGUUCAGGGUUCAUGGCGUCGAUGGUCUUGGCAACGUCGAUUGGGAGGAUACCGUCGACACUGACGUCUUUCAACAUGAAAACGCUGUUGUAGCGUUGACAAAAAUGGCCAAACAACACCCUGGUGAAAUCUCACUGGUGACACUGGGCUCACUGACAAAUGUUGCGUUGGCGAUCAACUUGGACCCAGACUUUGCUGCCAGCAUAAAGGAUAUGUACAUCAUGGGGGGAAAUAUAGAUGGUCUUGGCGAACAUGUUCUGAAGGAGUUCAACUUUAGUCUGGACCCGGAAGUAGAUGACCUUUGCCUCAGCAAUAUGAAGAAUAUCCACAUUCUGUCACGUGACGUUUGCGAUAUGACGGAAUUUACUAAGGAAUGGAUGAUAGAGCAACUAAAAGUGAAAACGGCGAAGGCUAACUUCAUUAAACGAAUACUCCUGGAGAGGAUGACAAGCCCAGUAUACAUAAAUAUACGAAUAUGUGACUUCGCCCUUAUGGUUGCUAUUGCGCACCCGGAAGCAGUCACAGCAAGCGAAAAGGCACGCGCAGUAGUAGAGCUUUCGGGCAAAUCACGGUCUCUUUUGAAAUUAGACUGGGGUUUGGAAGAUUCAAACGUCACUAUGUACAAAAGUCUUCGUUAUGACAUGCUAAUGGACGCCUUCAGGAAAUUGCUAAACGACUAAACUUUACGAAAGGACCA